AUGGAAGAUGAGCGUGGUUUGAUGAUGUUUCCAAUGGAGAAGAGAGCGUUGGAGUGUGUUGGUAAAGGUUUUGAUCUAACAAGUGAUUUUCGAAUGAAAUUCGCAAAGGGAUUGAUAAAUGGUGGAAGGUUAGUGGUGGUUGAUGAAGUAAACAAGAGAGAUGUUAUGGUUCCUGGUGGAGUUGUCAUUCCAGAUGUUUCCGAGGAUAUUCGAUUCGACAAAGGUGAUCGUGUUCGGUUCAAAUCCGAUGUUCUUCCAUUCAAUCAGAUGUCUGAAAUGCUUAACCAGAAAUCAGCCAUACAAGGAAAAAUUCCUUCGGGCUAUUUCAACGCGGUGUUUGAUUUGAGUGGCGAUUGGUUUCGCGAUGCGCAAGAGAUUAAAUCUCUUGCUUUUGAUGGUUACUUCAUUUCUCUUUACUAUUUGCACUUAAGUGCUUCACACCUGAAACUGCAAGAGGAAGUUAGAAAGUCUGUUCCAGCUCAAUGGGAUCCAGCUUCUUUGUCCAGGUUUAUUGUGACAUAUGGUACACACAUAAUAGUAGGCAUGGCUGUUGGGGGACAAGAUGUAAUAUGUGUCAAACAAAAACAUUCUUCCAAGGUUCCUCCUAGUGAUCUCAGAAGACAUUUAGAAGACUUGGGAGAUUUUCUAUUUUCAGAUUUAAGAAGCCCUUCUCUACUUGAGAGGAAGACAACACUAGAAGACAAGCAAAAAGUUCCAGAAGUUUUUAACCGUGUGAUGCAAUCGAGCACAACGCAGUUCACAAGUAUUUCGGAAACAUCAAACAAAGAUGGCCUCACUAUAAUUUGCUCGAAAAGAGGAGGAGACGUGUUUAAGCACAAUCACUCAAGUUGGCUCCAAACAAUGGCUUCUAGUCCUGAAGCAAUCCAUUUCAAGUUUGUUCCUAUUUCAUCGCUUCUCACCGCAAUUCCUGGAAGUGGCUAUCUUAGUCACGCAAUCAAUUUAUAUUUAAGAUAUAAGCCCUCUCCGGAAGACUUACAAUAUUUCUUGGAGUUUCAAAUUCCCAGAGAAUGGGCACCCAUGUUUUCUGAGCUUCCUCUGAGGCAUCAAAGGAAAAAACCUUAUUCUCCUCCCUUGCAAUUUAGUUUCAUGUCUCCAAAGCUUCAUAUCAACUCUACACAGGUAGUAAGCGAACAAAAACCUGUGGUUGGUCUCCGAUUAUACUUGGAGGGAAGGAAAUGCGAUAAACUUGCAAUACAUAUACAUCAUCUUUCAAGCCUUCCAAAUACAAUGACUCUCUCUUCAACCACGACCACAACUAUGUGGCGAGGAUCUGACAACGAUGAAUCCAGUGACCAAUUCGCGGAACCAAUAAGAUGCAAGAGAUUCGCGCACGUGUGCACCUCUGUGGUUAAGUACGACCCUAACUGGUUGCACGAACUGAAUUCAACCGGUGUUUAUAUUGUCACCGGUGCUCAGCUCAUUAGCAAAGGAAGUUGGCCGAAGAAUAUGCUCCAUUUGCGCCUUCUCUUCACUCACAUACCGAAUUGCAGCAUCAGGAAAACCGAAUGGGCUGCUGCACCAGAAGCUUCUAGAAAAUCGUCUUUCUUCACGAAUCUGAGCACAACAUUUUCAUUCACACAACAAAGUGUUACUGCUACACAGAAACAGGCUGCUCCAACUGCCCUUAACUCUGGUGUUUAUCCGGAUGGUCCGCCCGUGCCUGUUCGUUCUAGUAAAAUGCUUAAAUACGUGGAGACAUGCGAGGUUUUGCGCGGCCCGCAUGAUGCUCCCGGGCAUUGGUUGGUAAUUGCUGCUAAGCUUGUGACAGAAGGUGGUAAAAUUGGAUUACAGGUAAAGUUUGCAUUGUUAGAUUACUAG